AUGGCUGAUUCCCUUCAACCACGACCAUCGUUAGCCCCUCACAUCGACCGCGUUGAACCGAUAGCCAUAUUCCACCCGAUUCGUAAUGCGUUUUUGGUACUAGGUCGUCGCCAGAAAAUUCUCGAGGCUGGCGUCGUGCAAUGGGGAAUUCCUCAUUCGUUCGUUCUCGACGCGUGCCUUGUCCUUGCUGGCAAGGGAUAUUUGUCUUCUACUUCUGACCAUGCAAACAAGAUUUCUACACCGAUGGAUGGAUUUCUUAUGGGUCUACGGUACUUCUUCUUUCUGGAGGAUGAUAACGUGCCUACCGACUACCUGCUAUGCACAAAUUUCUCCGAUUGGGAGCCACUCCCCCGGCAGGACGUCCCAGAACGAUGGCUCAUGAUGGACAAACUCAAGACACCCAGCACAGGCCUAGAAGACAUGGUUCUAGAGACGUCAUGCAACAAAAUCUGUAAUCAUGUCAAAGGGAUUGACAAGUUUUGUGCGCUCUCGGGUUUUGAUCAAGAACUUCGAGCGGUGCAUCUAGUUCCACAGGCCUAUGUGGAAUGGUAUAACGAACAUAUACUCCACACGUAUUUCACUUUUGGUCUACCUCUUGACCAACGCAAGGCCCGCCCCAUCGAUGACGUCUGCCAAAUAAUCAGUUUGGAAUCGGGCCUCCACGACUGCAUAGAUCAACCUUCAUUCAUCAUCUUUCCGUUCUGCGGCAAAUUCGUAGCAUUCUUUUUUGCUUCAAGCACGAUUGGGUUGGCAGAGCCUUACCACCUGCGUACUAUGAAGAUACCCUUUCGUAUUGAGGGAUAUGCACUGUUUGCCUGUUUUGCAUGGGCUAUCACGACCAUCACUCAGCACAGACCAACACAAACACCCCAGAAAAGGAGGAGGAAGCAGGAGAGUGAUAGAUCUGCAAGCUCCUCUGAUCAAUCACCGCCAAGUCAAAGGCAUAGAUGUGAGGGAGACAGUCAUGUAAGCCAACCAGGAGAUCAUGGGCAGAGUUACCAUGGUGGCCAGUCAAGUGAACCCGGUUCCUCUGGGCCUGUUGAUAUUGAGCUCCUAAAGGAGCAGGAGCGCGAGCUGACCCCCAGUCAGCUUCGAAUUUUUCGUGAGGCAGAAGGUAUGAGUCGUGUCGAGGAAAUGAAACGACAAUAUCUUGCAGAUCACCUGACUAUUUCAGUGACAGGGGAGUCCACGACGAGAGGGGAUUGA